CCUUGCGAGUCGCACCAAUGACGCAAUCCGCCUGCUCGCGGCGUGCAGCGCUACCCUCCUCUCUGCCUGGAGAGAUGUGCGGAGCAGACGCGGACGGGGAGGGGAGCAAACUAUGGAAUCAAUAGAAACAUGGAGCACGGAUCUCGUAGAACUUCAGCUUCUUGACAGAAGGUUGCCUUCCAAGAAAAAUGGAGCAAAAGGUAUGAUUGCUAAGCAUCUCCAUCAGACAUUUAAGAUUCAGAACUCCUUACAGUCCCUCAUCACUCGCUCAGAAUGUGCAACAGGUUCAUGCCCAAACCUAAUCAUGAGUAGAAAUGAACAGCCCGAGCAGAAGCCGGUGGUCAAGGCGGCCACCCCCCAGCUGUCUAUCCGGAGUCACCGGCCCCUCUGCCUGUCUGUGUCAUCGGACAGCAGCGGCCGCUUCAAAGCUCUGGAGUCUCAGGACUGGAAGGACAAUCUGAAAGCUCAGAUGGAGCAGGUCCAUAGUGCAGGGGCGGCAAGCAGCACCGGCUCACUGGAGCGAGCGUCACUCUUCUGUGCUGCAGCAUCCAACAUGUCCAGCCCCGCUCUGUCGAGUCCUGUGGAGCACCUCACCAAAAGCAAAUCGUCCAGCCGAUUCUCCUUGUUCUCUCCUCCUUGGAACAGCAGCUCAGAGUCCGACUCCAACCCUCCAUCUCGAUCUGGUUCCAAGAAACUGCGGAAUUAUGCAAAGAGAAGCCUGAGCAAAACCGAGGACGUGGCCGACGUGAAGCCGAGCCCACCCGAGGAGUUCCAUCACUCGGAGCCGGUGAUAUCCAAGGUGACCGACUACAUCUAUGUGGGCAAUCUCAACGCGGCCUACAGUGGGCGCACCCUCUGUCGAAACAACAUUGACAGCAUCAUUGACAUGAGCUGUUUGCCGGAUGAGCAGAACGUUUGCAUCAUCCCCUGCACCUGCUCCCGGGACACCAAACACAGCUGGUCUCGCCUUAAGGUAGACAUCGGUGACGCAGCCAAUGAGGAGAGGAUCUCUCUGAAGCAACGGGGCUUUGAGGAUAUCAACGAGUGCAUCGACGCUUCCACCGAGAAGCGCAAGCGGGUUUUAAUUCACUGCAGAGAUGGCUACUCUUUGGCUCCCACCUGCAUCAUCCAGUACCUGAUGGUGAAAAGGAACAUGAGGCUUCUGGCGGCCUACGAGUUUGUCCGAGCCAGGUACCCCGUAAAUAUUAAAGAACGCCAUCAGGAUCUGCUAGUUAAUCUGGAGAAGCUGCUGAGGCCAGACAGUAGUGUGGACCCAGAAUGCUUCAAGCAGGCCAUUUCUCGUAAGAUGGCGUGGACAUGAUCGAGGAAGAAUGCGAUCGGUACGAAACUUGAAGUUUGCGUUACUGUGACAAGUUUUCAUGCGCUAACGCACACUAUAUUGCAUGUUCACCCUCGGCUCACUCCAUCCCUUUUAGUAUCCCCCCCAAAAGCUGGCAAGUGAAAAGAUUCGACUUUUUGGCCUGGUCAGGUGCCAACCCCAAAAGGUUUGCAUUUUAGGGCAGAGAUGGGCAGCAUGUGUGUGUAAUUGUAGGCGUGUCAUCUGAUGGUGAGCCAAUCGCAGGCCAAGACCUCCUCCAGUCGCCUCUGGUUAAGGUUCACAUUUGGUGUCUGCACGUUUGUUCAGCUCAUGUGGCACUGUUCACGUGUGCCCGGUGAUGGACCCCGUGGAGAGAGGUACUCAACGGGGGGCCGGCCCAGCAAGGAGCACAGACACUCCUGAAGUUUGUUACAAAUACGCAAUAGUGUGCAAGGCAAGUGACAGAAGUAGAGAGCGGGUAAAGAAGACCCAAAUAAACGUACAGCUUCAUAUGCAGGAUAGAUGCGUACGUCCUGUACACACACAUACCCAACGUGUCGAGUCUCGAGACCCCUCACUUGUUACAUGGUUUUCAUUCUUUCCUUUGUGAAGCCUAAGGGGGUGCGUACGGCCGCCAUACCCCGACACAGACGGACGCAGGAGGUAGAAGUGCAAGCACACGCUUUUAUUUCUUCCCUCGUGGGAAACGCCUUCACCCGUUUCCCACCGGUACAACGCAAUACUUCUUCUUCUUCUCUUUCUUUCUUUCCUCCUCCACUCCUCCUGCCAAGUUUCAUCUCCCUCCUCCCGACUCCGGCUCUUGGAGUGGUGGCUGCUAGCUCCUAUUAUAAGACGCCCAGAGGUGCUCCAGGUGCUCAUUAACUCCGUUCCGGCAGCACAUCAGAGCUGCAUUCAGGGGCUCGGCAGCAGCUCCAGCACCCCCUGGCAGUGCCCACAGAACCCAAUGGGACUCCAGCUCCCAUGGUGUCCUGCGGGAAUCCUACACACUGCUGCCAUCUAGUGCUCCCUCCCCCUGUCCUUCCAGCGUGGAGGCGUCCCAACCAGGCAAGCCCUAACCCCCAUGAGUACGCCACACCUUGUUAACAGAAUGACGAAUUGAAAGCAGGAUGUUAGAAAUCCUCUCCUAUUUAUUAGAUAUAAAAACUGAAGUAUCUCCUUGACUCAAGUAUGCAGACCCUUCACUCAGGGCUCUGUUGAAGCCCCUUUGGUGACCAUUGCAGCCGGGAGCCUUCUGGGGUCUGACGUGGCUCAGUCAGGGGAUUUACUGACCUGCAGAAUCUCUCAGGCUAACUGCCAGGUUGGAUGGAGACCAUCAAUGGGCAGCCAUGCUGAGGUCUCUCUGGAGAUGUGUCUUUAGGCUCAAGUUGUCCCCUAAGCUACUCCUUUGUCACCUUUACUUUGUGUCCUGUUGGAAGUUGAACCUUCUGCCCCGACUGAGGGCCUGAGUGCUCUCUGCUGGUUUUCAUUACGGAUAUCUCUGGACUUUGCUGCACUCAGCUUUCUCUCGACUCUGUCCAAGUCUCUUAGUCCCUGGCGCUGCCACCGCCGCGCUUCACCUUUGUAAUGGCAUCGCACAAGUGUUGAGUGGUGCCAGGUCUUCUUCAGACAAGCUGCUUACUUAGAGUUGAGGCCGCACAGUGCCAUCUUGCUUUCAUCACACCAGAGAGUCUCGUUCCUCACAAUCUGAGACAACUCCAAGCUGGCUUUCAAACCUCUGAGGAGAGGUGUCUUUUGGGUUAGCCUGCCAUAAAGCGCCGUUUGAUGGAGGAUGGAGUGUUGCAGUGCUGGGUGUCCUUCUGGAAGUUUCUCUCCUCUCCCCACAGGUUCUCCGGAGGUCACCCAUCAGGUUCGUGGUCGUCGCUCUUGCUAAGCACCUUCUGUUUUGAUUGCUCAGUUUGGCCAGUCAGCCAGCCCUAGGGGUCCAGGCUGCUGCCAUAUAAGAAUCACGGAGGCCACUGUGCUCUUUGGGGACCUUCAGGGCUGCAGCCUUUCCCAGUCCCACCUCUGCGCUCUGCUUGCAGUCCCUUGGACCUUAUGGCUUGGAUUUGCUCACCUGUAGACGGGAGUGUGCCUCUCCUAAUUGGGUCCCAUCAAUGGACUUGACCAGAGGUGGACUCCAAACAUCUCCACCAUGACUUAAAGAAUGGGACGCACCUGAGCCACAGCUAAGGGUCUCAAUGCCUGAGUGAACGGACGGCCUUUUUAAUUUUUAGCAAGUGGUGCUUUGGUGUCCUCCCAAAGUCGUGCAGGUGAGUUGAAUUGGCGUCGCUAAGUUGGCACUACCGUGUACGUUGGGAAGUCCUCACCAAAAAGUCGUUACUAAACAAAUGAGUUUAGCAAGGCCAAGUAAAUGCAAUAAAGUCUAUGGAGAGUAUUUUUGCAAACGUGCGUAGUCGAAGACCACCAAGAUAACCUCUUCAAGUGUUUUUUGAUAUUAAAAUUGAGGUCACGACCCACAUGGUCACACCGUCGACAACCCAACUAGCGUCAUGACGACAAGGCCACAACACAAACAAACGGCAGACAUGGGCAUUGAACAAUAAACUGAUGUUAAAAAAACAGUGACACCCCCCCUGAGUGACCAUUUAGAAGGGAGACAGUCGGUUAAAUAGGACAGGGAGACCCCCAGCAGAACAGUGACGUGUGCCCUGGGGUCUCAGGCCGUCAGCUUUGACCCUGCUGAGUUGGUUCCCUUGGCACAGUGAGGUGCCAUUGUCAAUCAGCUGUUCGUGGCUGCCAGCCCUUUGUGUCUGUGUAUGCAGCACCACCUUGUGUCCAACAUCAGUAACGUCGCCUUCAUCGAGAGCUGCAUAACAGACCACCAGUUUAAAUACAUAAAAGGGGGUCUGAUGGCUUAAAUAUCCGGGUGUGGAUGUGACGGUGGUGUGUCCUCAGUCACUUUGUGCUCUUCACCACCGCACAGAGGGGGGCUUUUGACUCCCAUUGCAGACCACUCUGAUGUGGAGGUGGUGGGUUAUGACCGAUGUGGGGGGAAGUCAUUUGCACUAAAGACGCCGUUGCUUUGCACAGCCUUGAUCUGACUUGACCUUUCUGUACUUAUGCUGCCAGUGUGAUGUGGGGCAGGGUGGGGGGAUAUGACGACUGAUUAGAGUGUUUCGACUGCCUCACCACACUACCUCACUGGACGAGACGUGAAGCCGAGGGUCUGUAAAUGGGGGGGCAGUGGACCUCCUUCUGUUUGAUGACUUUAUUAAAUAUCGUGGUUAGAGAGUUGGGUGUUUGGCGUCGUGCGGUGCCCGCUGAUGAGUGCCUUUGGUGUGCCUCUCGUGUCCUCCUUGUUAUGAUGUGCACGUGAGGUGCCCCUCCGGUGUGUGUGUGUGUGUGUGUGUGUGUGUGUGCGCACACGUGGGGUCUCUGUUUAAUCCUAGGUGGGAUCUGAGAUGGAUUGGGUCCAUAAGAGUGUGUUUUAAACAGCGCAGUCCUUUCAGGUUCCCUAAACUGAAUAUUUGGUACGGAUUGGUGUGUUUGUGUCGCCAGCCGUGUGCACAAUAACCUCCGAGUUUCGUUACCGUGGUGAUUUGUGCUGCACGUGUCACACUUAGGCCAUCGUCACCUGAAGGUGCUCGCUCUGUGGGGCUGUACCCGACAUCGACUUUCCCCACUAAAGUGUUUUUUUUAGUAAUUUGUAUUGAUGCUGUUUGCUACACACUGCUCAAAUAAAUCUCGUUCCUUUGCUGUCUGCC